AUGACGCGCAUGACGUCUCUGCGCCAAGGAAUCGAGGCGUUCGUCUCCUCAACGAUCGCGCACCUCGCGGAUCUCGACGCUCACGUCUUCGAGACCGCGUUUUCGCUCACGCAGGAUCUCGUCGCGGACGACCGCGUCGUCGACGACGACGCGCGGCGGACCGCUUUCCUCGAGUCGUCCGCGGACGCGACGGAGAAAUCCCUCGCGAUCGCGCUCGAGGAUGCGAACGCGCGCGUCGCGAGGUACAGCCAAGACGCGACGGACUCGCACGACGCGAUGAUGACCGCGUUCGAGGAGAACGAGCGCCUCGCGGAGGCGGUCAGACUCUACGAAGCCGCGGCGCCCGAGCUCGCGCGCGCGAACGACGCGCUGCGAAGAGACGUCCUGUCCACUUUCACCGCGAUGCAGACCGAGUUCGCGUCCGCGAUGCGCGACGCCCUCGCGCGCGCGUGCGCGACGACGACCGCGCUCGAGAAGGAGAAGACGUACCAAGAGAAGCGAAACGGCGCGCUGCACGCGAGGAACCGCGAGCUGUACGGAAAGCUCCAAGACGUGAAAGGCGCGAUUCGCGUCUUCGCGCGCAUUCGCCCGGCGUCCCCUGGCGUGGACGCGUCCGACGUCGUCGUCGAGCCCGGUCGGUGCCUCGACCCCGCCGCGGAGGGCGUGGACGUGGUGUGUAAACCCCCGGGUUCGAACGUCGCCGGCGCCGGGCGCGGCGAGGAGCGACGGCCGGCGUCUAAACGCUCGGAGGAGAAACGCGUCGGGUUCGACGCCGUGUUCGGCCCGAGCUCGACGCAGGCGGACGUGUACGAGGAGCUCUCGCCGCUCGUCAGAGGGGUGCUCGAGGGGUACAACUGCACGAUAUUCGCGUACGGGCAGACGGGGAGCGGCAAGACGCACACGAUGGGCGGACCGGAGGACGCGGGGGGGAGCGGUAACCUUAGGGACGACGCCGACGCCGGCGUGAACGUUCGCGCGCUCAGGGAGUUGUUCGCGCUCGCCGCGAGUAAGAGCGCGAGCGACGGCGUCGAGUGCGUCGUGAGCGUCGAGAUGCGCGAGAUUUACAACGAACGAGUCAGGGAUCUGUUGAACCCCGCGGAGAAGGAGGACAGCUGGGACGGCGUCGGCUCGACGAACAAGUCUCGGCUCGACCGCGCUCCGGGGGACGAGAUCGAAGAGGCGGUGACGCGCGUCGACGCGAGAGACGCCGCGCACGUGCUGAGGGUCAUGGCGGAGGGCACGUCGAGGAGGGCGUCCGCGGGGACGAAGAUGAACGAGCGCUCGAGCCGGUCGCACAGCGUCGUCACCGUGUACGUCUCGAGCGCGGACGUCGCCGCCGGUCGCGUCGCGCGCGGUCGCCUGCAUCUGAUCGACCUCGCCGGGUCCGAGCGCGUCGCGCGGUCGGAAGCGACCGGGGACAGGCUGAAGGAAGCACAGCACAUAAACAAGUCGUUGUCCGCGCUCGGCGACGUCAUCGCCGCGCUGUUGGAGAAGCGCGCGCACGUGCCGUAUCGCAACUCGCAGCUGACGCGGUUGUUGUCCGACUCGUUGGGGGGCAACUCCAAAGUCGUCUUGCUCGCGCACGUCUCCCCGGAGUCCGCGUCGCUUCCGGAGACGAGCUCGACGCUGCUGUUCGCGCAGAGGUGCUCGCAGGUGGAGCUCGGGAAGGCCAAGGCGAACGCGAGCGUCGCCGCGGGCGGCGGCGCGAGCGACGUCGCGUUGGCGUCGCUGAAUAGGCACAAGUCGAGAGCCGCCGACGCGGAGGCUCGAGCCGCGGACGCGGAGGAGAGACUGCGCGCGAUGGAGAUGGAGCUCGAGAGGUCUCGAGCGGCGACGACGGCAGCGGAGGCGAAGCUCGCGGAGGCGCGGAAGACGCUCAAAUCUGCGAAGGGCGCGGCGCUGAGGGAUCAGGUGAACGCGAAUCAGGCGAGGGAACCGCUGUCGCCCGUGCAUCGAAACGCGUCGCGCGCGUCCGAGGAGGGGUCGUCGAUGACGCCGACGACGUCGAAGACGCCGUACUCGAAGCGCGUUCCCGCGUCGGUUGGAAAAGGGACGAAGUCCGCGGCGAAGUCAGCGGCGUUCUCGCGAGCGGCGAUGACGGCGUCGUCGACGAUACUCGCGAGUCGACGCGACUCUGGCGUCGGAACUGAAAACGCCGGGCACUCGAACGGCGGCCUCUGGCAGUAG